AUGGCAUAUGCUGAUAUGGAUAGUGGAUUUUCCGGUGGAUAUCACGAAUACUUCGGUUCGUCUGUUGACGAUGAAGGUGUUGCAUAUCUGGCUCUGGCAAAUGAAAUGCUGCAUAAACUAUACCCCAACUGCAUCACAGUUGCAGAAGAUGUUUCUGGAAUGCCUGCAUUGUGUCUACCUUUGGCCCUAGGGGGCGUAGGAUUCGACUAUCGUCUAGCCAUGGCAGUCCCUGACAUGUACAUCAAGCUCCUCAAAGAGAAGAAGGAUGAAGAGUGGGACAUGGCAAACAUAGCAUUCACCCUCACCAACCGUAGACAUGGCGAGAAAGCGAUUGCAUAUGCCGAGAGCCAUGAUCAAGCGUAUGUAUAUCCCAAGACGUUUUCCCACUGUUCUCUCGCAGGAGAAGUGCUAAUAAUGAUGGAUAGGCUUGUCGGUGACAAGACGCUGAUGAUGUGGCUUUGCGACAAGGAGAUGUACACAAACAUGUCUGUCUUGACGGAGCUAACUCCUCUCAUUGAGCGUGGCAUGAGUCUACAUAAGAUGAUUCGCCUGGUCACACACGGACUUGGAGGAGAAGGUUACCUCAACUUCGAGGGCAAUGAGUUUGGUCACCCCGAAUGGCUCGAUUUCCCUCGUCAAGGCAACAAUAACAGCUUUUGGUAUGCCAGAAGGCAGCUGAAUCUCACUGAGGACCAUCUCCUGCGAUAUAAGUUCUUGAACGAGUUCGACAGAAAAAUGCAGCUGACCGAGGAGAAAUACGGGUGGCUCCAAUCACCGCAGGCCUACAUCAGUCUCAAGAACGAACAGGACAAGGUCUUGGUAUUUGAACGCGCCGGAUUGCUCUGGGUGUUCAACUUCCAUCCGACCAACAGUUUUACAGCCUACCGUGUCGGAGUAGAGCAGGCAGGAACCUACCGGAUUGUCAUUGACACUGACGACAGCGAAUUUGGAGGAUUCGACCGCAACGCCAAAGGAACAAGGUUCUUCACCACAGACCUGGAGUGGAAUGGGCGCAAAAACUAUACAGAAUUGUAUCUGCCCACGAGAACGGCCCUGGUGAGUUCCAAGUUCAGCCCUUUUGAUCCAGGAUGA